GUUACUCUGUCUGGGUUUUUUUUCGUCCUCCUCCUUUUUACGGGAUAGAGAAAUUGUCGUGAUAGCUGCGGUCGUCCCGCCGCCGCCUCUUCCUCUUCUUCCACAGCCAGCAACCGCCGCCGUCGUCAUCUCUCCCGAGCCUCAGCUCCUGGAAGGUCCGAGCCCUCCCUCAGUGUGUACUCGGCUCUUCCCUACGGGCAAAGCACGGCGUGUGUCUGGUUUCUAUUCCCGUCGUCAGGGAACGAAGUAUUCCUUCUUCCUCCUCUCCCGCCCUCCCCGCUUGACAGCCGCCCGCCCGAGCAGCCGAGGGGAAGAGUCCGAGAGAGGAGGAGGCCGGGGACUGCGAGGCAAGCAGGCCAAGACCUGACAGCAAGCAGGUUGCUUGACUGCCGGAUGUCUAACGUGUGACGCAUGUGCGUUUCUGGGCUUUGCAUCAGUUUACUGCAUCUAUUGGAACACUUACAGCAGCUGUAAAGCCGUAUACAGCUGAAGAGCAAGCUUUCUGGGGUGACUCGUUUUCUCUGAGGAGCCUAGAAGCAGACGGCUCAUGACUUCAGAUCAGGAUACUAAAGUUGUGGCUGAACCGCAGGUACAGCAAGUCCAAGAAGCCAAAGAUAGUUCACAUCUUGAAUCAGCAAAGGUUUCAGAAUUAAACCCCAAUGCUAAAGUAUGGGGGAAUCACAUGCUGCAUGUGGAAGCAGGAGGUGCUGCUGACGGAACAGUUGGCCAAUCCUGGGAAGAGCUGCCUGAUGAACCUCCCGAUUCCUCCAAAGAAGUGCUGGAUAACAAUGGUGCUGAUGAGCAGAAAGGACAGAAUGCUGUGCUAACACAAGACCAGUCUCCAUCAGUUUCUGUGUCAGACCAAACCGAUAUGAAUACGAUAUCUCUGGGAAACUCAGAAUAUGAAUCUAUGCAGGAAACCACCCAUUCAGGGGCAGUCGAUCUACCACAGCCAGAAGGUCAAGAAGACCUACGAGAUGUGCUUAAAAAAACACUGGAAUUUUGCUUAUCUCGAGAGAAUCUUGCCAGUGACAUGUACCUUAUAUCACAAAUGGACAGUGAUCAAUACGUGCCAAUUUUGACAGUAGCAAAUCUUGACCAUGUCAAGAAACUCAGCACAGACAUGGAUUUAAUAGUCGAUGUACUGAGAUCUUUGCCUUUAGUCCAAGUGGAUGAGAAAGGAGAAAAAGUCAGACCGAAUCAGAAUCGUUGCAUCGUUAUUUUACGUGAAGUUCCUGAAUCUACUCCAAUAGAAGAGGUGGAAGCUCUCUUUAAGGGAGAGAACUUGCCGAAGUUUAUCAAUUGUGAAUUUGCCUAUAAUGAUAAUUGGUUCAUCACGUUUGAGUCGGAAGCUGAUGCACAACAGGCUUACAGGUACCUAAGAGAAGAAGUGAAGAUGUUUCAGGGAAAGCCGAUUAAGGCUAGAAUAAAGGCAAAGGCGAUCGCGAUAAAUACAUUUUUGCCAAAGAAUGGUUAUCGACCUCUGGACAUGAACCUUUACACACAGCAGCGCUAUACCACAUCAUUUUACUUACCUCCAGUGUAUAGUCCGCAACAGCAGUUCCCACUCUACAGCCUCAUUACGCCGCAGACCUGGUCUACUGCACACAGCUACCUUGACCCUUCUUUGGUGACACCAUUUCCUAAUACUGGAUUUAUUAAUGGGUUUACAUCUCCUACUUUCAAGCCAGCAGCAUCACCUUUGACGUCUCUUCGACCAUACACACCUAGGCACAGGAAUCCUGGCAAGUCUCACCUUCGACAUACAAUACCUAGUACUGAUAGGGGUACUGCACUUCUUGACGGUCCAACUAUCUUCAACUUUACUACUGAUAGAUUAAUCAAUGGUGUGCGAGGGCCACCAGCACGACAGCCAGGACAAACUAGAACAAGAAUGCCAAAUACGGCAGCUUUUGUCAAGAGGGAUGUCGGUACUGGUCGAGUGGAGCCUACCACCAUUGAAACCUCCCCUGGUCUUGGGAGGGGGAGGAAAAAUUCUUAUGGAUACAGGAAGAAAAGGGAUGACAAGUUUGUGAGAGGCCUGACACAGUCUCCCCCACCCAUAAAGCCUCCUUCUCCUAGCUUUGAAUUGGGACUGUCGAGUUUCCCACCUUUACCUGGUGCUGCUGGCAAUUUAAAACCUGAUGACUUCUUUGAGAACACAUUGUCUAGUUUGGUAAUAAGCACAUCAAAAGACAAGAACAUUAAUGUGGAUGCAAGUACAAACACUGUCCCCUCUGGAAUUCCACGGGAACCAUUGCUGCCGGUCCCUACUGCUCUGCCAGUGACCUACCAGAGUCCGCCCUCCCCAUCACACUCUCCAGAUGAAUCUAAAAUAAUUGAGGUUCAGCAACGAGAGUCUCCAACUAUUGAAAGGAUUUCAAACACUCUCAUUACUGCUAGUAAAUCCAUUCAGGUUAAUGGAGCUGCUACAGAAUUAAGAAAGCCCAGUUAUGCUGAGAUAUGCCAGAGAACAAGUAAGGAUGGGCCUGCAUUACAGCCCUCAAAAGAACAGAAGCAAAACUCUAUUGUUUGUGUCAAAGAAGACAGGAAGGGAAAUGACACCUCAAUAGAGAAAUCCAGAGACACUCCUCCUGCAAAAUCAAACCCAGGGCGGCCCAAAGACCAGAGGAGACUAUCGGGGCGUAGAUCUCCUCCACCUCCUCUGGCUGUUGGCAAACGUGUCAAUAAAGAACCUGGAAGUCCACUCAAAUCUCCUCAGUAGAAGGGAAAAGGCCAAAGGGAGACCUACACAUCACACAUUAGCUGUCAUACCACACCCAUGUAUUACUGAAUGAGUUGCUGGAUAAGGCCGUGUAGUUACACACUCGUGAUAAGUUUAUACGUUUGUUUUUUUCCCCCCCACCCGAUCAAGUAAUGCCAUUGUACCACUUAACAUUUGGAUAUUGAAGUUCAAGUAAUUAUUUUUGUCUUUUUUUCUUAAUUUUUUUUAUGUAUAGCAGACAUUAUUUUUAAUUUUUUUAGCAUUAAUAUCAAAUGCUACCAAAAAGAACUACUGAAUAGUUUUUGUUCCCUUUCUUUUACAUUACUUGACAUGCCUAGUUUCAUGUAGCUGCAUAUUUUUGCCAGUAAUUGUUGAGCCGUGCUACUAACUCUUAUCCAGCUCCACAUUUACAGAACACAUUAACGUAGUCGAUGUUUCAAAGCACAUUGUUCUUAAAGGAAUUAGAGAACAGAGUUCAAGCACUUACUGCUAUAUAUCUCUGCUUCAUGUAGGUUUUCAUUUGCCCUCUAUCCUUUACAACUAUUGCUCCUUUAUGUGAAUUUUUUUAAACAUUUUUUUUUUUUAUUCCUUUGGCCCAUGGAUCCUUGAAUGCUUUGCAGCAGGGGUUAACUACUUAAUGACAUCUCCCAGGUGCCAUGAACUUUUCCGUUUUGAUCAGAUAAACGGGCUGCCGAUGUAUUAGAAUUUUUGUUUUCUAUAUAUCUACUUACAUAUAUAUGAAAAAUAUAUCUAUAUAUAACGGUGGGAGAUGUCAUAACAACCUUGGGAUUAAAGGUUUAUUGCAGGUUGUAUACAUUAAAUACUUUUUGAAGGACAAGGAUGCACUAAAUUUAGCACGUUUCUAAUAAAGAAGAAUCUAAAUUAUUUUAGUUUGAAAUAUGUAAAGUUUAAAAAGUAUUCAGAGCAGCGAAAGUGUACGCUGUAGGGUACCGUUUAUUCCAGGCGUGUUUUUUCUUUUUUCUUUUUCUCUGCUCCUUUCUCUUUAACACUGCCGGAGAAGCCUGCAAGAUAAAUUCCAGGUUUAGGCAGUGAGAAGAAUUAAAUAUUUUUUUUUUUUCCUAUUUGUUUUACAAUUAUUUUUUUUUUAUUUUUUCAAUAUUUCCAUCCAAUAUUUAAAGACUUGAAUUUUAUUUAAACUUGAAAAUGACUUUGCCUUAACUUUUGUAUAAGACAGCUUAGAUUUCAUUAAGGUCUGACCCCUCCUGGGUUAGCUUGAGUGAAAUAUAUUAAAAAAAAUUACUUGGUUUCUCUGUUAUGACUGACCUGAGUAAUGACACUGUUGUACAGGAACUAGCAACAGUUUUGUAAUAUACCUUCAAGAUCUCGAACAUUUUUUUUUUUUUCUCCUUUUUUUUUUUUUUCCAGUUUGUUGAAAUGUAAAUGCAAAUAGUCAAUACUGUAUUAAAUAUGUGCACUUCGAGGUGUGUGCUUUGCUUGUACAGUUGUAAAUAAUCAGAACAUUUAAAAAAAGGUACCCUACGAAAAAAUGCUAAAAAAUUAUUGUUGAUAUAUUAUAAAUGUUGCUGUUAAGCUGGAUGUAGAUAAACUAAAUGUUGUGGUUUGCAUAUUUUUUUUUUGUUUAAUUUUUUUCUUUUUUUUUUUAAACUGGGUGUGUUGAACUGACUUUGCCUAUUUACUGCAAAAGGGAGACUGCUAGAGUCUUAUCUGAAAGUAAAACCCUCAUCUAUUUCAUCAUCCUUGAGACACACUUCAUCGCCAUUAAGCAUCUGAUUAAGUAAAGCAUAGUUUAUCGUGUGGCUUAUGUUAACCCCCUUUGGUUUAUAGAAAAUCCAGAAAUAUUGUCUGAAAACGGUUUUUCAUAUAUAUAUAUUAUUAUUAUUAUUUUUAAUAACAAAGCCUGCUGCAAAAAAAAAUUUGACAUUCGACAAACCAGAGCCAGUAACGAUGGGGUUUUACAUGUUGAGCUGUUAUCCUUGUUACCACAUGGAUUUUUCACUUUUUUGUUCAUUUCUGAUAGUGUCUUUCAGUGAGCUUGUUAGUCAUUUAACUGAUGUCAGCCACAAUGCCUCGUCCAGGAGCAAUGUCAGGUGUGCAGAACACUUUCACACUACAAAUGGUGAACUUUUAUCCUUGCACAAAAUCUUGACAGAUUUAUUAUCUCCUCUGUGUUCAGAAUGAAUUGAUCUCCAUGAGGAAAAAAAAACAUAUUUUUUGCAUUUGCUCAAUUGGCUUAACUCUUGGUUCAUUCACCCCCAAAAAAAGUUAAAAGGCCAUUUUUAUACGGGGCAGUGCUUCACGGAGUGGUAGCUGCUACAAUUUACAGUAUUAUGUAUGUACGUUCCCCCACAUAGUUGCAACACUACAAAGUUGUGAACGUGAAAUGAUCUUUAGCUGUUGCGAAACUGCUCUUUUUUUUAUGGCAAAACUGAUUCUCUUUAUGGAAGAGGAAAAUGGGGGUUAUAGUUUCUCCUUUAUUAAGGGGAAGAUGAGCCUUUGUCAGAUUUAACCAACUGUUUACAUUCCCAAGAGUAUACUGUGUGUAGUACUUUUGAAGAAAAUCACUUUUGUUGUUGGCAAAAGUUAUUUUAAUUUAACCAAGAAUUGUUUUCAGUUGAUCGAAGAUAAUGUUUUUAGUUUUAUUCUUUUUUUUUUUUUUUCCUGUUCCUAUAUUUUAAUGUGCAUUUUAAGCCCAUGUACAAUUCAGAGUAAGUAUUUUGCUUCAGUAUCUUAGAAGCAGAAGGUCGCACUGUAUUGUACGAAGAUAUUUGUUCCGAUUUUGAGGCGUAUCUAGCAGCAGCCGGGCAAAGUGGUACAUAUCUGUCUCUCUCCUGCUCCUCUGGUUAAAGCAAUUUGUGUUUUGGAUCUUUUACACUAACAGCUGCAGGCAGUUCACUUGAAUUUGCACAACUGUAUUCACAUGGAAUAGAAACAUCUGAGGGUUUUUCACUUUGUCCUAUUUCUUCCAUUAAGACUGGAAUCAAGCAUAACUGUAAAAUAUUGGUAAUUUAAUUUUUUUUUGUGACAUACGUUGUAAAAAUAAAAUGUCUAAUUUGAAAAAAAAAAUGUAGGUUAUGAAAAAAAUAAAGAU